AUGAAACAAGAAGACAUGCAAGUGGUCGGCACUCCCGCCACGCAGACCGAAGAACAGAAAUCAUCAGUUCUCUGGGGAGUCCCUGAUGACGUCCUGAUUCUCUUGAAGCAGUACAACUUUGAAGGACACGAUGCACCAACUUACACCGUGACUGGAUCGCCAAAUGGGCUCCAUUUUAUCGUCGUCUGGCCGACCAAGGAUUCGAAUCUGGGAGACAAAGUCCUUCAAGAUAUCAUGGAGAUCCACCAAAUAACACAACGAGAGACUAGAGAAAUUUCCACUCAGACUGACUCAGCAGACUCUACUUAUGCGUCUGGAGACUCCUGCGACGAGCUCGAUGUUGACAUCGAAGAUGACAAUCACUCGCGCUCAAAGCUUUCAAUCAGCUCGGCCGAUUCUGGGCACGCAGAGUCUGGGCACGCCAUGCAGGUUGAUCAGGAGCAAAAUGAAGAUGAGCCCCUCCCGCUCCCCGGCCGCCAUCACUUGGAGCAUCUCAUCAAGAAAGACAUCGACGCAGUCGAAUCCGACAUUGAAGAAAUUGACUGCGAAACGAAAAAAGCUCCAAUCUCUCCUCAAGGUUUCACUCCAUUCACUCCCUACGCGCCUUCUCAAAUCGACCGAUUCCGACAGAUUUCUGCCAACCCUGUUUCUAGCUAUGCUCAUCAGUUCCAAAACAUGCACCAACAAUAUUCUAACCUCGCCAUGUUGAACCACCAAGCUAUGCAACGACAGCUAUCCCACUCUGCUUUAAUCGCAAAAUCUGCCUCCGAAUUCGCCGUCGGACAGACCUCCCCUGUACACCAUCCUAUCGUCUCUAUGGGCGAACCUAAUGUGCGACAACAUCUCAAUGAGAUCUAUCGCAAAUACAACAUCGUUCCCAAACGUAUCCAAGGAGGCACUCUCGAAGAGGUGCUCCGACCGCCACUCAAGUCGCAAGGCCACCGAACUGCUCAUCAGAUUCAUCUCAUGCGUCGAAUGCGAGAAGUCUCGUCGAAAAUGAACCUGACUGAUUGUACCAACCCCAACUACGAAGAUGCCGUCUCAGUGCUUUUGGACUCGUUCGAAAUCACCGCUCCCUAUGUCAACGCAUCAGAUUAUCGCCGCAAAAUGAAUUUCCUGCUUCGCAAGCGAAUUAACAACCGCCGGUGGUUCUUGCGAAAGAAAGCCAAGGGAGCCGCGGGAAACAACGACGAGUCAGAAUCGACGCCCAACGCGCUUCCAUCUCCCAACCCCGCCGCUGCUGAAAUCAAGCAAGAAGCUCCAAGCACGCCAGCUGGCUUCGCUCCUCAUCCAGGCCUGCCCACUUCCGCCGCCAGUCAUCUCCUUAGCCACAUAAUGCGCCCAGUCCCAAGUCUAACCAUCGGUGGCACGCCGAUGAUCGACUCGUCUCACAACGCGCAGAUGACGGUUAAAUAA